GCCGCGGCGGGAGCCCGGGCGCCGCCGACUGCCUGCUGUGCGCGGACGGCCGGAAGGGGCUGCGCCAGGAUAAAAGAAUCAGAGUAUCUCAGCCCUCGACGAGAGGACCAAGUGCCUUCAUCCCGGAGAAGGAAGUCGCCCAGGCCGACGCGGCGGACGAGCGCACCAGCGUCCUGGUGGAGGAGUACUCGACGUCGGGCCGCCUGGACAACAUCACGCAGGUCAUGAGCCUGCACGCGCAGUACCUGGAGUCGUUCCUGCGGAGCCAGUUCUUCAUGCUGCGCAUGGACGGCCCCCUCCCGCUGCCGCACCGGCACUACAUCGCCAUCAUGGCGGCCGCGCGGCACCAGUGCGCCUACCUGAUCAACAUGCACGUGGACGAGUUCCUGCAGACGGGCGGCGCGGCCGAGUGGCUGACCGGCCUGGAGCGCGUGCCCCGGCGGCUGCGGAACCUCAACGAGAUCAACAAGCUGCUGGCGCACCGGCCCUGGCUGCUCACCAAGGACCACAUCCAGAAGCUGGUCCGGACGGGGGAGAGCAACUGGUCGCUGCCCGAGCUGGUGCACGCGGUGGUCCUGCUGGCGCACUACCACGCGCUGGCCAGCUUCGUCUUCGGGAGCGGGAUCAACCCCGAGCGCGGCCCCGGCGCGGCCCCCGGCCUCAGGCUGGCCCCGCGCGGCCCCUUCUGCGCCUGUGACCUGGCCAACGACAACGGCGUCGAGAACGCGGCCCUCCCGGCCGGCAGCUUCGGGAUCGUCGGUUCUCUCAGCGAGCUGGAGGCCUUGAUGGAGAGAAUGAAGGGGCUUCAGGGGGGACGGGAAGACGAAGAGGCGUCUCAGGAAGACCUGGCCCCGCGCCUGGAGUCGGAGAAGGACGGUCUGUUCGUGGUCUCUGGGGACACUUUCUACGCGUUUCCUCACUCAGAUUUGGAGGAGGACGUGAUGGCAGCGUCCGACGUCUCGCGGUACGUGGAGGACCCCGGCUUCGGGUACGAGGACUUUGCCCGGCGGGGAGAGGAGCACCUGCACACCUUCCGCGCCCAGGACUACACCUGGGAGGACCAGGGCUUCUCGCUGGUGAACAGACUCUACUCCGACAUCGGGCACCUGCUGGACGAGAAGUUCCGCAUGGUCUGCAGCCUCACCUGCGGCCCGGCGGCCAGCCGCGAGGACGCUGACAGCACCACGCUGCACCGCGCCCUGUUCAACUACGUCCACUGCAUGUUCGGGAUCAGGUACGACGACUACGACUACGGGGAGGUCAGCCGCCUGCUGGAGCGCAGCCUGAAGGCCUACGCCAAGACGGUGGCCUGCUACCCGGAGAGGACCACCAAGCGCAUGUACGACAGCUACUGGCACCAGUUCACGCACUCGGAAAAGGUGCACGUGAACCUGCUCCUGAUGGAGGCGCGGAUGCAGGCCGAGCUCCUGUAUGCCCUUCGCGCCAUCACCCGGCACCUGACCUGAGCGCCGGCCAGCGCCACCCCAGCCCAGACGCAGGAGCCGCCCGGGGCGCGGCGUCCGGAUCCUCGACCCCCGAGUCCAAGUCGAGCCGUGGCUGCAGGCGGCUGGGACGUGCAAUGAUGUGUUUGCCUUUCCUCGAUGCCGACCGUCACUAGCAGUCCCCCGGACGGCGCGAGGACACGGCGCCGCGUGGCCUGCAGUGGGCUCUGGACGCCUGCCACGGAUCAUGAACCUGGUUGUUGAUGCUUCAGCGCUUGUGGGUGUGUGUGUACGUGUAGCCCCCCCUUUUAUUUUACAAACAGGGAAGAGUGCUUGCAGUCUGCCUCCGCCAUCGCUCAUCGGAUAGUGGGGCUGACUCUGGCCGUCCCAGCCCCGGCCUGCGCCCUGAGUCGGGCGGAGCACAGCCUGGGCCCCGGGCCAGCCCUCGCCGGACACGGGCCUGUGCCCGGGAGGCCGCCGCCCGGGCCCCGGCUGUUUGGGGUUUUACUGCUAUUGGUGAUAACAUGGACUGCGAAGCCGCCGCCACCCAUGCUUUAAUGUGAAGCUGAUCACGAUGAAUUCUCGAGCACGCCACUGAAACGCCAACUCUGGCUGCUCCUUCCGCCGCUGAAGCAGGAGUGUCGGCGUCCCAGGCAGACGCCCGUGUCCCAGGCCGCGCCGCGCCCCCAGCCAGGCGCCCGAGAAGAGGCCCCCGGCGCUGCCCUGGGGUCGCCGAGCCGGCACCGGAGGGCCUGCUCCCGCUCAAGACUGACCAAAAAUUUUCUUUGCACAUUUCCCUUUUCUCACAGUGUUUCCUGUGUCUCAGCAACGAAGGGCGGCUAAUCCGCCUGUGUGUGUUUCCCCGUUAGGCUUUUAGAGAUUAUUUUCCAUGAUUUUUCUUAAAAUAGGUUAAGCGGUUUGUUACCCGAAGGUGAACAAUGUUUUCUAUGCAUUAACGCGGUGAGCGGCAGCUCCAGGGGUGCAGUCCGUGGGGGAGAGGAGGCCGCGGAGCCGGAGCAGCUCUGCCGGGGCUUCCUCCUCCGCCCGGCGCGAGGCGCGGGCCUUGCUGGGGGGGACGGCGCUCCUUCCGUAACGCCAAAGCAUCUCCCCGAAGAGCCUCUGCCGGACAACGGCUGAAGCAAAGCCGUGACGUCCUGGGGGGGAGGAAGCGCCCGGAGGUCACACUCUGCGGGGCAGGGAGCGCCCGGCCCGCCUGUGGGUCGCUCUCUGGUUCGUGGCGGGGCCUCGGGUUCUCCACAACACGCUGGUCUCUCAGAGCAGAGCCCCGGCCGCACGGUACGCAGCGCAGUGGGGGCUCCUUGGCACCCCGGGGCGUCCCCUCCCGAGCGGCGUGGCUGGCGUCUCCUGCCCCUGCCGCUCCCGGCCCUGCCUGCUCCCAUCGCCCGGCCGGGCCCCGUAGAUGCCGUUGCAGGCGCGGCGGGGACAAGGCGGCCGUGAGCCUGUGGCGCGGCCAGCUCUGCGGCUUGGGCUGGGGGACUCGCUCGCCAUCAUGCCCGUGAGGAGACAUUUCCCGGCGUUUUUAAGGAAGGGUGUUUGCUCGGAGAGUUCAUGCCAAGGCUGCUGUCGGGCACCUCCGUGCGCUGCUGCGCCUCCCGGAGGCGGCCCUCAGCCGGCGCGGAGAGUCCAGGGGAGGCCGCCGCCGUGCGGUGCCCGCGCAAGCGCUCGCGUCGGGGCCUGCGCCACCCUGGGCUCUGUCCUUUGCUGCCGUCACCCUCUCGGCCGAUAGCCCGGGAACGUGCAGGCGGCCUGCGCUGCGGGCGAGAACAGGGACGCACAUGGAGGAGAGACGCCCACAGAACACCCGACGGCUCUAGACCGCAAGGGGAGCGAGGGCUCCUCGCCCCCGUGCCAGGUGGGGUGUUCCGCAGACGGGGUGCUCCCCAGUCCCCCAGGGCGGGGUCUGCAGCUCAGCACCCGGCGCCUGUCAGGGCCGGGAGAGAGGCGGACGCGGAGUGUCAGCUGAAGCUGAACCUGGCGUGCGCCCCCGUGACCAGCCUAGAGAGGCAGAGCCGGGCAGGUGUCCCCCCAGGUGCGGCAGGAGCAGGUACGCAGGUGUGGGUGCCCCACCCCCUCCCCCGCAGCCCGCGGGCCCCCGGGCUGGGAGCCUCAUUCUGCAGCGACUUGGCUGCGGACUCUGUCGAACCCAAACUUGAAAUCCUGACGCGGUUUUCCAGGGUGGUAUUUUUCCAGAGUGUUGAAUUUACUAUGUAGUAAUUUAUAGUAUAGCUUUUUAUAUUAAAAUGUGAUAUUUUUCA